AUGGUUGAAGAAGUUGCCAUGGCAGACACUGAGACCUUUGCUUUCCAGGCAGAAAUCAACCAGCUUUUGAGUUUGAUCAUCAACACCUUUUACAGCAACAAGAAGUUCUUCCUUCGUGAGCUCAUCAGCAAUGCCUUUGAUGCAUUUGACAAGAUUCGGUUCGAGAGCUUGACUGACAAGAGCAAGCUCGAUUCUCAGCCUGAGCUUGUUAUUAGGAUUGUCCCUGACAAGUCCAACAGGACCCUCUCCAUCAUUGACACUGGCGUUGGCAUGACCAAAUCAGAGAGGGUAAUUGUGACCACAAAGCACAAUGAUGAUGAGCAGUAUGUGUGGGAGUCUCAGGCUGGUGGUUCUUUCACCAUCAGAAAGGAUGUUGAUAGAGAACCGCUUGGUAGAGGGACCAAGGUCACUCUCUUCCUCAAGGAAGACCAGUUGGAAUUCUUGGAAGAGAGGAAGCUCAAGAAGCUGAUUGUUGAGAAAGAGAUCAGUGAUGAUGAGCAUGAAGAUGGUGGGGAGGCUAAGAAGAAAGAAGGGGAGGGGGAGGUUGAGGAGGUGGAUGAGGAGAAGGACAAAGAAGGGAAGCCUAAGAAGAAGAAGGUUAAGGAGGUGAGAAAUGAGGAAGUGAAAGUGGGAGGUUUGCACAAAGUUUCGAUGUGGGACUUUGUCCAAGUCGCUGUGGUGGUGGUGACACAUGUUCAUGGAGAUUAG